AUGCCUCCGAAGUCGAGGUUCACCAGGCUAGAUGCCUUUACAAAGACGGUAGACGAGGCCAGAGUGCGGACAACCUCUGGAGGAAUUGUCACGAUAGCUUCGUUGCUCAUCGUUUUUUGGCUUGCUUGGGGCGAAUGGGCGGAUUGGCGGCGGAUAGUUGUGCACCCAGAAUUGAUUGUUGAUAAGGGACGAGGUGAAAAGAUGGAGAUACAUUUGAAUAUCACUUUUCCAAAGAUACCUUGCGAGUUGCUAACCCUUGACGUGAUGGACGUUUCUGGGGAGCAACAAGUCGGAGUCAUGCAUGGUGUCAGUAAGGUCAGACUUGCACCAGAAGCUGAGGGUGGUCAUGUAAUAGAUAUCAAGGCUCUUGACUUACACUCAGACGAAGACAAAGCGGCGCAUUUGGAUCCCGAGUACUGUGGUGGAUGUUAUGGAGCAACUCCCCCUCAGAAUGCGCAGAAGCCAGGAUGUUGUAAUACUUGCGACGAAGUUAGAGAGGCUUAUGCUAGUGUAUCUUGGGCUUUUGGGCGAGGAGAAAACGUAGAGCAAUGUGAGCGCGAACAUUAUGGAGAGAGACUUGACUCUCAGAGAAAAGAGGGAUGCAGGAUUGAGGGCGCACUCCGCGUGAACAAGGUCAUCGGAAAUUUCCACAUAGCACCCGGACGAAGCUUCAGCAACGGUAACAUGCACGUACACGAUUUGAACAACUACUUCGAUACCCCUGUCGAAGGCGGACAUGUCUUCUCCCACACCAUCCACCAUCUUCGAUUUGGACCUCAGUUGCCGGAAGAAUUGACCAAGAAGCUUGGAACCAAGACGAAUCUUUGGACAAACCACCACUUGAACCCGCUAGAUGACACCAAGCAAACUACCACCGAGCCGGCAUACAAUUUCAUGUAUUUCGUCAAAGUUGUGUCUACAUCUUAUCUCCCUCUAGGAUGGGAAACCCAAGCAUACAAAUCGCAGCUCGGCAGCGAAUGGGUUGGAAUCGGAUCAUAUGGACACCAGCAUGAUGGCAGCGUAGAAACACACCAGUACUCCGUCACAAGCCACAGACGAAGCUUGAACGGAGGUGACGACGCUUCUGAGGGACAUAAGGAGAAGGUUCAUGCUCGUGGUGGUAUUCCGGGUGUAUUCUUUUCAUACGAUAUCUCGCCAAUGAAGGUCAUCAACCGCGAAGAGAGAUCAAAGAGCUUUACUGGAUUCUUGACUGGACUUUGUGCAAUUGUUGGAGGUACCUUAACAGUGGCAGCAGCUGUAGAUCGUGGUCUUUAUGAAGGAGGAACCCGCCUUAGAAAGCUACAAUCUAAGACGAUGUAA